GUCGGUUGUUUCGGUUGCAAGCGCGAUGCGAGCGUAUGGAUAGUGAAUCAUAUCCAAGGAAAAGUUCAGUGAAAAUAUCGCAAAAGAAGCAGGCCAGUCAGGAUAUGGCAGUCAUAUGUGUUUGGGCUAUGCCCCUAGCAGUUUUUGGGCUAAUCGCAAUAGGCCAAGCUGCGAAAACGGGACAAGUGCAAGCCAGCUCCGGCAGUUGUGCGUUUCACACGCUCGACGGCGUCGCCGCCGAAAGCGAAGGUGUGCGCUUCAUCCGACUGCGCGAAGACGCCCAGGUGGGCAAGGAGAUCCUCCGGCUGCAGGCCUAUCCACGCUCCACGGCCGCCCUCAAAGGCGCCGAUGCCAGCGGAGACCACAAGUACUUCAACCUCACGGAGCACAAUGCCACCACGCUGGUGGUCAGCCUGGCGCGCUCGCUGGAACGACUGGUGGACCGGGAUGUGCCGCGGAACUUACUGAAGUUCCGGAUACUGUGCGCAGGCAAGCAGGAGAAGCUCGAGGAGGGUAGCUAUCUGUCCAUCACUGUGUACAUCGAAGAUGUGAACGACAAUGCACCGGAGUUCCUCAACGUACCCUACGUUGUGGAUGUGGAUGAGAACACCUCCAUUGAGAGCAUCAUCUUUGAGGGAGUGCAGGCCUUCGAUCGCGACAAGCCCAAUACACCGAACUCCGAGGUGCACUUCAGUAUGUCUACGGUGCCAGAGCAACUUUCGGCCGAUGGAAGUCCAUACUUUGCCCUCAAGAGUCCUCAUCGGCCACUGUUGAUUUUAAAGAGGGAGCUGGACUUUGAUAAUGGUAUCAGGCAAUUCAAGCUGCCGAUAUUCGCCUGGGAUCGAGGCACUCCAGCCAACCAGGCCAAUACCACGAUCACGAUAAACGUGCGAGAUGUGGACGAUUUGCCACCAAAGUUCACCGAAGGCGUCUAUCGCACCAGGAUCAAUGAGUUCUAUCCGAUGACAGGGGUGCCCAUAAGAAUACCUCUAUACUUUGCUCCACCCAUAAUGGCCUUCGAUCAGGAUUCGCUGAACGCUUCACUAGUUUAUGACAUUAUUUCUGGUAAUGAGCGACAGCUUUUCCGGGUGAAUCCCCACAAUGGAGUCAUGUAUCUGCAGAAGGAAAUUGAUCUGGAAGAGGAGAGUCUGCCGGGCAAUACUUUUGUGCUUCAGCUAGAGGCACGACAAAAGGAUAAUCCCCUCAAGAAAGCUCUUGCACGCAUCGAAGUGGAGGUUUUGGAUCUGAAUGACAAUGUUCCUGAAUUUGAGGCCGACUUUUACAAUAUUUCCAUAGUGGAAAAUCUACCCACUGGCUUUAGUGUACUACAGGUUAAUGCUGUCGAUCGGGAUCAGGGCGAAAACUCGGAGUUCCUGUACAAUCUAGUUGAGACCAAGGAUGCGGCAGGUGCUUUUCGAAUCGACUCCCGAACUGGAUGGAUUACAGUGCGUGACGAUCGCCUACUAGAUCGCGAACAGCGUAGAUCUGUUCAGCUGAAUGUGGAGGCCUUGGAGCGGAAUCCUUCGUACCUGGAUGAUAAGCAUCUGAAGAAACCAGGGCCAAGUAAAGUUCAAGUGGAAAUCACGCUGCUAGACACGAACGACAACACGCCAAAGUUUGAGCAUGGAAAUCUUUACGAAUUCAAGGUUCCCAUUAACGCACCCACGGGCUAUGUGAUAGGUCAGGUGGUCGCCCACGAUCCAGAUGAGGGUCCAAAUGGCCAUUUGCUCUACGAACUGCAACGACCCAAGGGUAGUGGGUACAUCCCAUUUCGACUGGACAACAAGAAUGGCACUAUUUAUGUGGGUGGACCACUUCGGAGGGGACGCAUUGCAGUCUUCGUGGAGGCCACUGAUCAGCCUACUAAUCCCUCGGAGCGGCGAUUCUCCUUAGCAGUGAUCACCAUUGAAGUGUAUGCCACCAUUGAUGACCAGGCCAUUGAUUUCGUGGGUGCUCCAUACGAGUUUUGGGUGGGAGCGAACACUCCGUUGGGGACCUCAGUGGGCCAAGUGCGAACCACUCUGAUUUACGAAGGUGGCGAUGAAAUAAUGUAUGAUCUUCUGCACACUUACUCGGAAGGGGUGCCUUUCGCCAUCGAGGAGCGAUCCGGCAUUAUCACUGUCAUUCGGGAGUUAUCUGAUUUUAAACGGAAAGUCUACCAAUUCGAAGCGGUGGCCAAUUAUCUAUUUGCCAACUCCUCCCAGUCACUUGUCAUGUCGCGAAGUUCAUCUCCACUGACCACAAUAGCCUCGCCCGCUGAACUCAGCGAUGAAGGUGUACUCAUCACCAAUCUCACCAUCCACAUAGUCAACAAGCCGGAGCAAAAGGUGCCCUUAAGACCUGUCAUAGAAGAGAUCAACAUGAACGUAAUCAAUUUCCACGUGGAGGAGAACGUUGUGGGUGGCAUCAUUGGACAGCUGCUGUACAAGAAUGGCAUCAAUCUGGUCAACAACGAACUGGGAACUUACCGGGAAAUGCCAUCGGAGCCAACUGGUCGCAAUCUCACCAUGGGCAGUAGGUUCCGCAGCCGAAACAGGAGUCGCAGUUCCAAAUCGAAGCGUCGAUUGCCACGACGUCUGGUGGGCGAUGCGAAUAUAAAGCUUCGCUACAUCAUUGCCAACCAGCAAGAGGUGGUGAACAAGAUCUCCAUCACGGAGGAUGGCACCUUGCUCACCUUGACCGGACUGGAUCGGGAGCAGCAGCCCAGCUACGAGCUAACUGUGAUAGUGGAGUACAGCACUGGGCUGGUGAGUGGAGCUGGGAUCUACCAGGUGAACAUAAAGGUGGACGAUGUCAACGACAAUGCUCCGAAGUUCAAUGCGCUUACCUAUGUGGGUUUGAUCAACGAAAACUGUGUUGUGGGCACGGAAAUGUCCAUGAAUCAUGCCAUACUCAUCCAGGAUGCUGAUGAGGGACCCAAUGCCGAGUUUAGAGUACAACUCCAAGGCGACUAUAGUGACGAGUUCAGCAUAGAAUACGUAAAUGGAACAUCCUCGGAAAACUCUACUCAUCAUAAAAUGCCACCCACUACUGGGGCAUUUAAUAUCUUCAACCUGACGGAUCAAUGGAACGAUGAAUUCAAAUACCAGGAACUGCACACCACUUUUAUGCAGACGAACUUUAAGCUCAGUUCGGGUCCGUAUUUCCGUAUCUCCUAUACGGGAAAGAGGGGUUUGGAUCGCGAGAAACAGCAGCUGUACAAUCUGAAGAUCAUAGCCGCGGAUACUGGUGGUCUCUCGGGAUAUGCCCAUCUCACAAUCCUAGUGGCAGAUGUCAAUGACAAUGCUCCGAUGUUUGAACGCAUCUCCGUGUUCAAGGACUCGCGUUUGGAGAUCCGUGAAUACACCACCGAUAUGGAGAUCUACUUCGUAGAGAGUUCAAGUGGAAUGACAGCUCCUCAGGCAACGGCAGCCAUGAUGCUAGCCCCACCUCCAUAUCACAUUCCCGGAUCACCGAGAUUCAAUCUGGAUAGAGAGAGAUCCGUGGGUGCUGGACUGGGAGUGGUAGCUAGAGCUAAGUCACGGCGGAGAAUGGUUCGUGCUUUGACAACCAAAUGUCCUUUGUUUGCAAUUUACGAGGAUACUCCAGUGGGUACGAAAGUCCUCCAACUGAGCGCAAGUGAUGAAGACUUCGGAAAGAACGCCCAACUGCACUACGAGCUCCAAGGGGAGCAGGUGGAACGGACACCCGGAAUGCCCAUGUUGCGGGUUCAGGGAGUGAAGUAUUUUGCAAUAGACAAACUCAGCGGGGAGCUGUCGGUCAACUAUCCACUGUCGGCAAACAUUGAAAUUAUGUUAAAUCUGACAGUGACGGAUAUAGAUGGUCUAAAGGAUUCCACAUGCCUGCGAUUCACUGUGAUGGAUGUCAACAAUCAUGCGCCGACGUUUAAGAAGUCUUGGUAUAGCUUCGAUACCCCAGAAGGGGAGUAUAAGGACAGUGUGCUGGGUCAGCUAACCGCCAUAGACAUGGACUUUGGAGAGAAUGCCAAUAUAACGUAUACACUCAGUGAUUCCCAUUUGCCAUUUACCAUCAAACCUGCCUCGGGAGUUCUGAAGAUCAGCGGGCAGCUCGACCGGGAGCUAAAGGACAAGUACAGCUUCCAAGUGAUAGCCACGGACAAUGCCCCUGUGAUGCAGCGUAUGUCCAGCAGCGUGGAUGUGGAAGUUAAUGUCCUGGACGUCAACGAUAAUCGGCCGGAGUUCAUUGGCUACGACGAUCAAACGAAGGCGGUGAAGUUCAUCCCAAGUGUGGCAGAUCGCACGUUGAUGUUGCCGGUGUAUAAGGCAUAUCUGGAUCGAAGUACUCAGCCGGGCACAUUUGUGAGGCAACUCACGGCCAUUGAUAAGGAUAAUGUGGGCAAUGGCAAUGGACUGGUUUUGUACUCCAUUCGUCAUCAGGAAAUGCAAGCACCACUCUUCCAAAUCGAUUCCAGGGAUGGUACCAUCUCCACAAUAUCCCGUAUUAAUGGCUAUAAUGACUAUGAGCAUCUGAAUGUGUCUGUGAUUGCCUCAGAUGUGGGCAGUCCAGCUUUAUCCGCCACAGCCGUUGUAAUUGUGAAUCUCCAGGGGCAGGCAGUUACGGAUCCGCCAAAAUCGACGCCCAAACCAGAACCUCCAGCAAAUGUUACCGUAUUCCAGCACGCCUAUUAUGAGGUUAAGCUCACGGAGAACAACGAAGCACCCAUUGAGGUGAUGCGCUUGAAUCUAAGCGCUGGCCUUAAUCCCGAGAACUACCGGUGGUCUCUGUGGCUGGAGGAGGGCUUGGAUGAAACGGAUGCCCAUCCGCCGUUCGAAUACGAUGCCAAGAAUAUGCUGUUGUAUGCCCUCAAGCCCUUCGAUCGGGAGCACAUAUCCCGAUACCAACUGAGGAUUCGAGCGGAUCGAUUGAGUCGGGAAGCUAGAAACUACGCCAGGGUCUCGUACCCCGUGGUAGAUGAACGAAUAGAGGGUCUGUCGCUGAACGAGUGCCGAAUUCUGGUCCACAUUGCGGAUGAAAACGAUAAUGCACCCAAGUUCCGAGGCAAUGGACAACCGAUUGUAGCGGUUCUACCGCAGAGCGCCAGCUUUGGAUACCCCGUGACCCGAGUGGAGGCCAACGAUCUGGAUGAGGGGCUAAAUGCCGAGAUACGCUAUCGACUUCUAAACGAGCCCUCUCGCUUGUUUGGCAUCGAUGAGCUAUCGGGCAAUAUUCGCCUGCUUGGAGAACUUUCCCGCACCGAACACAUCUACGGAUUCGAUGUGAAGGCCACGGAUCGAAUGGGUGCAGACGAUGGCAGAAGUGGCAUCGUCAACGUGUUCGUCUAUAUCAUCGAUGAGGCCAAGCAAGUGCGUCUGGUGGUGGCCGGAAUGCCCGUCGAGGUGGAGCGUCGCAUUGAGGGCCUAAUGGAGGCACUCAGCGAUGCCAUUGGCAAGGAUGUACGUGUCAGACUUUUGGAGCCGUAUUCUGGAGGGCUGGAGCCUGCCACCAAUGCCUACAUCUACGCCGUCGAUCCGCACACGAAUUCCAUUAUGGAAAUGGAGCAACUGCAGGACGCCCUGGCUGGCCUCCAACUGGACGCACUGCAACUGCAGCAGCAGAAACUCGACGGCGGCAAGCCCAUGCCCCGCAUCAUCGAGCUGGCCGAGUUCGGACAGUUGGCCCGACCUGCACACGCCUCCGCGUCCAGUUUCAUGGGAGGAUUGGAGUUUGUGACGGUGGUUCUGCUUGCACUGAUCAGCCUGGGUGCACUGAUAGCCGCCUGCUGCUACGUGUGCAUGCGCCAAAAACGACGUCUCUGGUCGCAGCGUGAUUUCUCCGCCUCCGAUGCCGGUCUCACCUAUACCAUCGCAGGCAUCGGAUCUGAUCGUGGCCAGAAGCAGCGCCGUCAGCGGCAGCAGCGGCAUACACAGCGCUGCAGCAAGGGCAGCACCGGCAGCCAACGACCCACCAGUGCCUUCAUGCCCGAGUCCGUCUGCUCCUCCGCCCAAACGCAGUCUACGGCCACCGCCACCGAGAAACUGGAGCAGCAGCUGCACCAUCACCACCAGCAGCAGGCGAUGGCCACGCAGCAGCAGCAUCAUCAGUACCUGAACGAGCAACAGCGACAGCAGCAGCGCGAGUACAUAGACGUUCCUCUUCCCAAGUCCAUUGCCAAGGCUGUGGCGGCGACGAGUGGGGUCGAUGGAGCUGUGGGCGUCGGGAGCACUCCGUUCGUGCUCAAGUACAAUGCCUGUCAGCCCGUUAACAAUCUUAACAAUUAUGAAACAUCGCUGUUCUCACUCCACUCGACGGGCCAGGACUCCGGUGUGGAGUUCCUGAGCAGCCGCGAGCUGUACGAGACCUCGCCGGAUUCCUUUCAGCACGGUGGCUCCAAGCGCGGCAACAACACGGAAGUUCUAUGCCCCAGACAUGCGAAGGCCCACUUGGAGCUGCGUCAGCCGCAUCCAAAUACGGACAGCAGUGACACCUAUGAGGACUCGCUAAAGACGGACGAGCCACUGGUGGCGCACAACUGUCGCAGUGCCAACUGUGAGCACCGCCAACACCAGCAGCACCCCAGUCACCAUCCCCACUACCAGAACACGCGGUUCGAGAAGCGCUCCUGCGUGCGCCACUCCUUCUCCGGGGUCAAGGACGACCUCAUGCAGCAGUCGCCGCAGAUUUCACUGCGCCCCCGAGGCCACGCCCUCCGCAACUCGAUGAAUGACCUGGAGCAGCGGCUCCACAACCUGGAGCAGUCUUUUCGCCGCCCGCUCGAAUUUAGCAAAUCAAAUUCAUUGUUUUAGUUCAUUUCUUAGCUAGACAAAACGCAGUGCAAUUUUUAGUUUAGUCAACAUAGAAUAGACUUUAGAUAUUAAGAAACAAGUGCAAUAAAUUUGAGAGAUGUUACAAUU